GUGUUUUCCGUGUGUCUGUGGAAAUAGAAAGAGCUUGAUGUAAUGUGACACUGUAAGUCUGAUCUGCUGCUGGUCUCGCACAUCUACACCAGAGAACGAACAGAAGAUACUUUACACAACACAUCGGAUAUUAUCAGUCAUCCUCCAGCACGAUUCAUCGAAACCGAGGGUUAAUGGCCGGGUCGUAGGAUCACAGAAGGUCCUGCAGGAUGAAUUCUCUCCCGUCCAUGGACCGACACAUCCAGCAAACCAAUGAUCGCUUGCACUGCAUCAAACAGCACCUGCAAAAUCCAGCAAACUUCCAGACGGCGGCGUCAGAGCUGUUGGAUUGGUGCGGAGAUCCACGAGCCUUUCAUAGAUGCUUUGAGCAAAGCCUGAUGGGAUGUCUAACGGUGGUGAGUCACGUGGCAUGUCAGCAGGGUUACGACAUGGAUCUGGGGUAUCGACUGCUGGCAGUUUGUGCAGCAAAUAGGGACAAAUUCACCCCUAAAUCAGCAGCUCUGUUGUCCUCAUGGUGUGAGGAUCUGGGUCGACUUUUACUGCUGCGUCAUCAGAAGACACGACAACCAGAUCCAUCAGUGAAGACCACCAUACAAACCAACAUGAGCAAUAUGAAACCACUGUCUCACGGUGAUUCACCAUUUCAAUAUGACUCUGUUUCCUGGCAACAAAACCCCAAUCAAGCGUCUGGUUCUGUCUCUGUGGUGACUACAGUAUGGGGAGUGACCAACACUACACAGACUCAAGUGUUAGGGAACCCUAUGGGCAGCCCAAACAACCAUAUGAACCCUGGAGCUAAUGUUGGCAUGAACGCAGGACAGUUUUCUGGUCAACAAUUUUCUUCCAAGGGUCCCAGUCAAGCGUACAUGCAGCAGGGGAUGUACGGGCGACCAAACUACACCAGUUAUGGGGGCGGUCCUAACCCUGCAGGUGGGAUGGGCAUGCCUCCACAGACACGCCCACCUUCUGACUACAGCCAACCAGCUGCCGCCGCUGCGGCCGCUGCAGUGGCUGCUGCCGCCGCUACAGCAACCGCCACUGCGACGGCAACGGUGGCCGCCCUACAGGAGACGCAGCAUAAGGAUAUGAAUCAGUACGGCCCGAUGUGCUCCUCCUUUCAAAUGGGGCCCAACCAGGCAUACAGCACUCAGUUCAUGAAUCAGUCCGGUCCACGAGGACCCCCUUCCCUCUCCGGCGCCGUAUCCCCAGGAGCCAUGAACAUGGGUCAACCCCGACAGAUGAUGCCGUACGGGGGUCACCCUCAGCGGAUGCCCCAGCAGGGGUAUGGGACCGGUCCACGACCCAUGCAGGGAGUAAAGAGACCGUAUCCAGGAGAGAGUAACUAUGGAGGGCAGCAGUAUGGACCAAAUGGUCAGUUUUCUUCUCAGCAGGGCCAGUACCCCAAUCCUACCGCCAACAGAGCCCUUACCUCACCCCAUUACCAACUGCAGAGAACGCCAGGACAACCCGGGACCCCGGUACAGUACCCGUCUGCUGGCACGGGACAGUUUUACAAGGAACCCAGUAACAACUUCAACACAGGAAACUUUCAUUAUAACCAGUCUAACAUGAACGGGCCUUCUCAGCCAAUGGGCAACAGUUAUCCUCACUCACCAUUACCAGCCAACCCUACCUCCCCCGUGACACCAGGAAAUAAUAUUCCUCCAUAUCCGUCACCGAUCCAAGACAUUAAACCUCAGAUACCUCCUGAUAUCAAACCCAACAUAAACACACUUCCACCUCCUCCAGGUAACACGAGUGAUGAGCUUCGUCUGAUGUUUCCGGUUAGAGACGGUGUCGUCCUAGAACCCUUUAGACUUGAACACAAUCUGGCUGUCAGUAAUCACAUCUUCCACCUCCGGCCCGUUGUGCAUCAGACCCUUAUGUGCAGGUCUGAUCUGGAGCUUCAGUUUAAGUGUUAUCAUCAUGAAGACAGACAGAUGUUCACUAACUGGCCUGCAUCGGUGCAGGUCAGUGUUAACGCAACACCUCUCACCAUCGAACGAGGAGAUAAGACUACCCAUAAGCCUUUGCACCUAAAACACCUGUGUCAGCCGGGCCGCAACACCAUCCAGAUCACAGUGACCGCGUGCUGUUGUUCGCACCUGUUCGUCCUUCAGUUGAUACACAGGCCGUCGGUGAAGUCCGUCUUGCAGGGUUUACUGAAGAAAAGACUCCUUACAGCUGAACACUGUAUUGCUAAAGUGAAGAGGAACUUCAGUAGUGUGGGUGUGUCAGUGGGUGGGGCCGGUGAUGAUGGGGUGGAGCAAACAGCUGUCAAAGUGUCUUUGAAAUGUCCAAUCACAUUCCAGCGUAUUCUGCUGCCGGCGAGAGGUCACGACUGCAAACACGUUCAGUGUUUUGACCUGGAAUCCUAUUUAGAGCUGAACUCUGAGCGAGGAACAUGGAGAUGUCCUGUGUGCAAUAAAGCAGCUAUGUUAGAAGGUCUGGAGGUGGAUCAGUACAUGUGGGGAAUCCUGAAUACUCUUCAAAAUUUGGACUUUGAGGAGGUGAUGAUCGACCCGUCCUGCAGCUGGAGACCGGUACAGGUGAAAUCUGAGCCACACAUAAAAGAAGAUCCAGAUGGGCUGAUAAACAAACGCUUUAAAAGCACCAGUCCCAGUCAGAUGGUUCUGCCCAAUGUGAUGGAUAUGAUCGCUCAACUGGGCCCAGGAGCUUCCUCGUACCAGAACCCACAACAACUAAACAACAGCAAUAACCAGUACAACAGUCCUGGUACUAAUCGUAACAGUUACCAGGGUCAUAGUAACUUUGGUGACUAUCCCCACGGCAACCCUGCAUCAUCAUCAUCAUCAGUAAAUGAGUUCAUGCAUGGUCCGCAACUCUCUCACCCCUCCACAGACCUCACACAGGAUCACACCCUACAGGAUAGAACGCCUCAUCCGAUUAACACAGAUCAAUCCCACAAUCCCCUGCAGCACAGUAUGCAUGGGCCUACCAACAGUCAGCCGUUACAUCACAACGGACCGCCCCACCCCUGCAGACCGCCGCCCAACCAGCAGAACUCCGCCCCCAGCGGCCACAUGCACCCAAAGAUCUUUAACCCCUCGGGCAGUCUGGAGGGUCAGUGUGGGGGUCAGGGCAGCUCGGACAUCCCUGAAGCUUCUUUAGAUCUGCUUCCAGACCUGAUGAAUCCGGAUGAUCUUCUGUCCUAUCUGGAUCCUCUCGAUCUUCCCAGCAGCAGUAAUGACGACCUGCUGUCUCUCUUUGAGAGCACCUGAGACGUAGAGAUAAAGACUCACAGCUCUUCCAUACUUGACAAACAGAGAUGCACUUGCCAUGUUUUCUUCUUCUUCAGUAAUACAGACUCCAGAUUUGUGGAGAGACGGCCACGUAAAUUCUGUUUCUUAUCACAAGUGUGAAUGCUAGUAAAUGUGUGCUAGCGUUUUUCUAUUUCUUUUUCACUUUGAUACAAAAGACAGACAAACAUUCGUCUGCUCUGAUGCUGUUUCCUGAUCAAACUCAAACUUCUGCUCUACUGAACACAAUCAUGACUGAGAUCUAAAGCAGAAGUCAAGGUUGUCUGUGAAUUAAGUUCUGGGUUUGAACGUUUUGUAAACGUUCUCCUAAAUGACUACUUUUGUGUUUCAGGUCAGAAAAAGUCAUAAAGGUUUAGAACAGCGUGAGGGUGAGUGAAUGACACAAUCUUUAUUUUGGAGUAAAUAUUCAUUCACACAAAUAAGGGAAGAUCUGAAGGGAAAUUAGGAUUGGUGAGGAGGUCUGUCGUACUGAAAACAAAUGGGAAAAGUCGUGAAAAAUAUGAAAUUAGAUGCUGAGCAAGCUUCUUGGACUGUAACAGAUCAUUUAAUCUAGUGUCCGCUGUACCGACCUUAUUCAUUUACACUGUGAAUCGCACAUUUCAGAAUUCAGCAAUACAUUAAACACUUGUAGCGUUUCAGGCUUUAUAAUACCUCUUGACUAUUUCUGUGAAAACAACAACAACUCAGAGCACUUGAGUAAAAACAGAGAUCAGAGAGAUGAAUGUUUGUCUGCUGUUAUCUGUUGAGUACACUACAUGACAAGCGUACUGUUCAGAAUGCAGUUGUAUUACUUUUGAGAAGCUCGUGUAAAUAUUUGUGAAUAAUUUUGUACGGUUUAUAAAUUGUCAUGUAUGUUUCUGCUGCAGCUGUGUGUGUUUGUGUAUAUUUGUGUGUGAUGUAGAAAUCGAGUAGUGUGUUUACUGUAAGAGAUGUGAUGCAGUAACAUCAUCUUAAGUCAUCCAGGUAUUCUAUGCAAACAUGUGUACACUGUCUGUAGUAUACAUGAUACAUAUACUGUACUGCAAAAUGAGUGUAAGUAGUGUAGUAUUCUGAACACAGCCCGUGUGUGUGUUUUAAUACGAUCCUGUCCCAUUCACACUGAGCAAUACAUACAAACUAAUAAUGUAUAAAGCUGUCAACGGCUCAGUCAAAUGACAUUUUAUUGUAAUAUUCAUGUUAAUAUGAGAAUUAUUGUUAAUAAGUAAAUAUAGUA